CUUGCACCAUCAUCAUCAGUCAAUCACCAACCAAUCGCGAUUUUGAGAUUUCGGAAGCUUCGAUUGAUUUGGGAUUUUAGGGUUUUUUUUUCUCUGAAGACUACGACGACGAAGGACCAACAGUGAUUUUGACAAUGACGCUACCUCCAGGACUCUACUCCGGCACCAGCUCUCUUGCUCUGGUAGCUCGUGCUUCGGCUUUUGGCUUGGGUCUCGUCUACGGGAACAUGAAGCUCAAGGUCUUGAAGAUCAAAUCGAUGUCACAGAAGAAGGUUGAAGCCACUGCUCAUCAUUAAACGAUUCUUCUCCGUUUUUACAAUAAGAUACCAAAAAAAGCUGGGGGUGAUAUCUCCCCGGUUAGUAUUUUUAUUUCUUUUUUUCAUGAUUCAUCUUUUUUAAUAUAAGAAGGAACAAAUCUGUGCUUCGAAAAGCAUCUUAUACGGUUUUAAGACCUCUUUGAAGUCAAGAACAUCUUUCGUAUUGUUGUCGUCUAAUAACAGCAUUCACAUUCACCUCA